AUGAUUCCUCGAACAUACCUACCUUUCUUGCUAUUGACGGGAUGGUCUGUUGCUGCUGGCCCAGCCGUCUCCACCGCCAGCCCGUCAACUGCAGAGCAGCAACAGACCACAGCUCAUGAUACACAUGGCUCCAACUCCAUGCACGAUGCCCUAACAGGGCUCCCUGAUAUCGGACCGCCCUCUACAUCGUCAUCCACCGAAUCGGACGAAUCAGAGAAGACCGCGAAGUCGACAACGAGUGAGGCACAAUCGACCGAAUCUUCGCCAUCUGCCACGCCGACUAGUGUCUCCCAAACUACAGACAGUCUAGAUGGGUUAGUCGGCGGUGGUUCAAAAACCACUGAUAGAGGGGAGGCGCCAUCAUCGCACACAUCGACGUCAGAUUCGGAUUCCAAGCUUCUACCCGAGGGGAGUACUGGUGACCCUCUUAAAGAUAUUUCUAGUUUCCUGGACGGUGUAAAGGGUCUGCUGUCACCCAAGCUGUUGCCAGACCUUGAGGGGUUGGUACAUGACGCGGCACACCUUUUGAAGGCCCCCACUGCCGACGAUACCAAGACAUUACUGGGGAGCGCAUUCCAGCUCCUGAACCCACACUCCGUCGGCAAGAUCACGUCGGCGGUCCACACGGCCCAAGACAUCAUCACCCCCGAAGCGAUCAACGAGCUCAAAAAAGUCCACUUGGCGCAGGCAUUUGAUGACAUUGGAGUUCUCUACACCAAGGGCAAGGCCUUGCUUGGUAGCGCUGAAGGAUUUGUCUCCGAGCAUGUCAUCAAGGAUGUCACAGAUAUUAUCGAUGCUGUGAAACAACUGCUGACUGGGGGUUCCACCGAGGACAUUCAAGGUAUUCUCGACAAGGUCGAGGGUCUGCUACCGAAGGAAGUUACCGAUAGCCUCCGGACUGUUGUCUCGAAUGCCGGUCCUCUCGUGAACAAAAUUAAGCCCUUCAUUACGAAGGCGGAAGACUACCUCUCGCAUGUGGACUGGGACCGCCUGCACGAUGUAGCAAAGAACGGGGAAACUUUGAUCGCCGGCAUUGCCACAGUUCUGACCCCAGAACACAUUCACGCCAUCGAAGAUGCUAUCGAGAAGGCUAAGCCCUACUUUGAAAAGGUCACGGACUACCUGUCGCAUGCGGACUGGAGCCGGUUGGGUCCUCUGGCCAAGAGUGGGGAAGAGCUUAUCAGCGCUCUCGCAUCUGUGGUGACCCCAGAAAACAUCAAAAAACUUGAAGGCGCAGCGGACAGUGUCAAGCCUUACUUUGACAAGGCUGUGGAUUAUCUGUCCCAUGCCAACUGGGACCACCUGGGACAUGUAGGAAGCAGCGUGAUGGACUUAAUUGAGGCUAUUGCUUCUGUUGCGACACCCGAAAACAUCAAGAAGGUCGGCGGUCAGGUUGACAAGCUCAAGCCCUAUGCUGAGAAGAUCUUCAACUACCUGUCGAAUGCCAACUGGGAUCGUCUGGGUGACCUUGGAAACAGCGUGGAGGAUUUGAUCGGCACCAUAGCUUCGGUUGUGACGCCAGAGAACAUCAAGAAGCUUGAGGGUACAUUCAACGACGCGAAAGACUACUUCACCCCUGAACGCAAGGAUAAGCUUCACAGUCUCGCGACCAGUGUGUGGUCCAAUAUCACGCCGGAGGGUAUCAACCGGGCCGGCAACUUGCUGGGUAAAGCCAACGACGCCCUCACUCCGGAUUUAUUCAACCGAACCGAGAAAGUCUUCGACAAACUUGGCACCAUGUACGAUUCGCUCGCUCCAGGGAUCACGCCUUCAACUUUCGACAGACUUGGAGGGCUGCUCGACACAGUGACAGGUCUCUUGACACCCCAUUUUGCCAACGAGACGAGCAGCUUAAUCGGCACUGCGUCCGGCGUGCUCACGCCACAGUUAGUCGAUAAGGUCGACGGUCUGUGGCACCAUGCAGAAAGGUCAUUCACACCUGAUGUACGAAAUCAGACUGUCAACGUUCUUGGCUCUGCAGCACAUAUUUUGCCUAAUAUCGCAACAUUCAUCCAAAAUCUCUGCGGUGCCUAA